AUGAUCAGUAGCUGCAGCACUAGGAAGAUGGCCGAGCCCAAGCAAAGAAAAAAGAUCCCUUUGGUUCCAGAAAAUCUCCUGAAAAAGAGGAAAGCUUAUCAAGCCCUCAAGGCCACCCAGGCAAAGCAGGCACUUUUGGCAAAGAAGGAGCAAAGAAAAGGAAAAGGGCUCAGGUUUAAGCGACUGGAAUCAUUCCUACAUGAUUCCUGGUGGCAGCAACGUGACAUGGUGCGUCUCAGACGACUAGAAGUGAAACCUCAUGCUCUGGAAAUGCCAGAUAAUCAUUCCUUGGCCUUUGUUGUACGCAUCCAGAGGAUUAAUGGGGUGAGUUCACUGGUGCAGAGGACCAUUGCAAGACUUCACCUGAAGAAAAUUUUCAGUGGUGUCUUUGUCAAAGUCAUCCCUGAAAAGUUGAAAAUGCUGCGUAUAGUGGAACCUUAUGUGACCUGGGGAUUUCCAAAUCUGAAGUCUGUCCGGGAACUGAUCUUGAAAUGUGGACAAGCCAAGGUCAAGAAUAAGACCAUCCCUCUAACGGACAACACAGUGAUUGAGGAUCACCUGGGGCGGUUUGGUGUCAUUUGCUUGGAAGACCUCAUUCAUGAAAUUGCCUUCCCGGGGAAGUAUUUCCAGGAGAUCUCAUGUUUCUUGCGCCCAUUCCAACUCUCAGUGGCCCGUCACGAUACCAAGAAUAAAGUGGGCUUUCUCAAGGAGGUGGGCACACCUGGUUAUCGGGGUGAACGCAUCAAUCAACUCAUCCGCCAGCUGAACUAGAUCCAGAGUAUCUGAAAGCACAGUGCUUUGGAAACGUGUUUUUGUUUUUGGAAUUAUCAAGUAUCUUCAGUGAAGAUUAUUUUCUGCUUUAUCUUCAAGAACUGGAGGGGAAGGAUCAGGGAAAAGAUAGUAGGUUUUUUUCAUGGCAGUCACCUCUCAUCACAGCCCAGUUCCAAGAAAAGUUACAGUGUUUUCCAUGUUGCCUUCGCCUU